UAGACUUCGGUCGGCUCAAACCGCUGCCAAAGCUCUGACUUGCGUUCACUCAACGCCCGCAAUUAAACGCGAAUUGCCCCCCGGGCAAAAGCCAACCCGCCUGCCGAGCAAAGGUAUUCGGAAGGCCCGCCAUUGGCUGUCAGACUUGCAAGCUGCUGGGCUUUAAUUGGCUGCAGGGCUUCCUUUGUUUCUUUCCCCGCUGCCGCAGAAGACGGAAGUUUGACUCUACUCCCAGCAGCUGGAGAGAUGCAAAAGGAGACCAGGAGCGAGCGGUGCGCAGCAAUCUUGAGAAACACAUUUCCUUUCUAACCACAUCCUUCUAUCAUCAGUAAGGGUGGAGGAGGAAGGAAAAAGGCGUCUCUCUUGCCGUUGGUCCCAGAAUCUCGAGUUCUCCGUGCCGAGAAUCCCGACAUGGAUUUGGAGAGCAAAAUCAAGAAGAUGGGCUUAGGACAUGAAGAAGGAUUUGGAGCCCCAUGUUUAAAAUGUAAAGAUAAAUGUGAAGGAUUUGAGCUACACUUCUGGAGAAAAAUAUGUCGAAAUUGCAAGUGUGGGCAAGAAGAACAUGAUGUUCUCACCAGUAAUGAAGAUGACCGCAAAGUGGGAAAGCUCUUUGAGGAUACAAAGUAUACAACUCUAAUUGCAAAGCUGAAAUCAGAUGGUAUCCCCAUGUAUAAGCGUAAUGUAAUGAUACUGACUAAUCCCAUGACAGCCAAGAAGAAUGUGUCCAUCAAUACAGUAACUUACGAAUGGGCACCUCCUGUUCAGAAUCAAACCUUGGCGAGGCACUAUAUGCAGAUGCUUCCAAAGGAGAAGCAGCCUGUGGCUGGCUCGGAAGGGGCUCAGUACCGCAAGAAACAAUUGGCCAAGCAGCUGCCUGCUCAUGAUCAGGACCCUUCCAAAUGCCAUGAGCUAACACCUAAUGAGGUGAAGCAGAUGGAGCAAUUUGUGAAGAAAUACAAGACCGAGGCGCUGGGCGUGGGUGAUGUCAAGCUUCCCAGUGAAGUGGAAGGGAAAGCCGAAGAGAAGAAUGUCCUAAGUAAUGGCAAGAAGGGAACCUCCACUACUGUAGGAGCCAUGGAAGACAAACAGGCUGGUCAGAAAGGAACUCAAUAUUUCUGUUUCCGGUGCAAUCAAAAUAUGAAAGAAGGUGAUCCAGCUGUGUAUGCUGAGCGGGCUGGAUAUGACAAACUCUGGCAUCCUGCUUGCUUUGUCUGCUGCACCUGCAGUGAACUCCUGGUAGAUAUGAUCUAUUUCUGGAAAAAUGGGAAACUCUAUUGUGGCCGACACUACUGUGACAGUGAAAAACCUCGCUGUGCUGGAUGUGAUGAGCUUAUUUUCAACAAUGAGUAUACACAAGCUGAAGGUCAAAACUGGCAUCUGAAGCAUUUCUGCUGCUUUGAUUGUGACUGUGUCUUGGCUGGAGAAAUCUACGUCAUGGUUAAUGAAAAGCCCAUCUGCAAACCCUGUUAUGUGAAGAAUCAUGCUGUGGUCUGCCAAGGCUGCCACAAUGCUAUUGACCCUGAAGUUCAACGUGUAAGUUACAACAACUUCAACUGGCAUGCUACCACAGAGUGUUUUCUGUGCUCCUGUUGCAGCAAGUGUCUGAUUGGCCAGAAGUUCAUGCCAGUAGAAGGAAUGGUUUUCUGCUCAGUGGAGUGCAAGAAAAAGAUGAUGUCCUAAUGGGAAGGAAACCAAACUGUGAAACCAAGUUUUGCCUUAUUUCAAAGUCCUCUGCAUGUCUACUGUAUUGGGGGAUUUUUAACAAAAUCAAAAUUAUUAAAUGGUAAAAUCCAAAGAUUUUUGUAUUACUAGCUUGAUUGCUUAUGACUUUAGUUCUUAGGCGUUUCUCUGUGCUCUUGAUUUCUUGUUGCAAGAUGUUUCUCAAGAUAGGGACUUCAAUGUAGUCAUAUCCUUCAAAAAUGUUCUAUAAAAGGAUAUAGAACCUCAGGCCAUUAACACUGGGCUGCAUUUUCCAUGAUGAAUGUUGUUGGCCAUGAGAAUGAAUCCUGAUGAGAGUUGUGAUGAGGAAGACCAUUGGCUUUGUACUCUUGUCCUAUAGUCCUUAGGUUUUUCUCCUAUAUUUGACAUUAUACAGAUUCUUCAAUAACAAAAUAUUGAUUGGGUAUGUUGUAAACCUUAUACCUUAUACUGGCAUUUUCCAACCUAAUGCAUUCAAAUGUGCUUUGUUAUAAUUCCCACACUUGCCAGCUAAUAAAAUACACCAAUAGUGUACUUAUAGUGUGAGUCUCAUACUGAAUUAUACUGAUUUAGACUCCAUGAAUAUAUGCACACAUAAGCUGAGCACCUAGAACUCCAUUUAUUGCAACUCCCUGUAUGUGCCAUUAUAGCAUAGUGUAGGAAUUACACUUUUGAUAUUUUUAUUUGCUCAGGGGUUUUUUUAAAGGGUGACAUAACAUUCAAAAACUGAACCCUUUGCCUUUAGAGUAUUAUAAUACAGUAAGGUAUGUGAUAGUGGCAAAUAUCUGUAGCUCGGGUGUAGGAUGAAAAUGAAUGUUCAUUCAUCAAGCUUGUAGUUUGGUUUCUGGAUGUUUUGUUACCAGGCUAGGCAGUGGUGGACUUCAAAUACCCGAACAACCAGUUCUCUGUGUGCAUGCUACUUCCAGAAAUCUGUUCUGGGCCUGGGCCUCCGAGGCCCAGAAUGGUCUUCCAGAAGUGGCAUCCAUGCACUUCCAAUGGGCUGUUCUGGGCCUGGGAGGCCUCCCCAGUUCAGAACAGAGUUCUGGAAGCGGAGUCCAUGCACUUUCCGCAGUCCGUUCUGGGCCUUGCAAAAAAGGAUAGGGCUUCAGCCGGUUCACUGAAGUUAACAAAAAAUUAGCUACUGGUUCUACCAAACUGGUGCAAACCAGCUGAAUCCCACCACUGAGGUUAGGUAACAUCUUCAGGGGGUAGUUUUUGCGUGGUGGUUGGCUGUGUGGUGCAUUGUGGUUUGAGAGCUGUGAGUUGGAAUACAAAUUCUUUUGGAUAGCCAUUACAGAGAAAGACUGAAGAUGUUACCUAGCCUGGUAACGAAAUGUUUGGAAACCAACCCACAAGGUCAGAUAACAAACCUCCUCCUUCACAAUAAGGUAUACAGUAGAUACUUGCAUCAGAAGGGAGCAGCCUUCAAGCAUAAUUCAGAUGAUUUUUUAAAAAGUCUUUUAGCUCUCAUUACCGCAACAGAUUGUACAGCAUUUACCAAUUCUGGCUGAUGCUGAAAAACAUUAAGCAGCACCAAAUGUAAUUAGUAUUUAUGUUAGCGACAAUGAUAAAGUUCUAGGACUGUUGGCUGGACAUGGACAUAGAAGAAAAAUAUCCUAGAAAAAGGAAAAGGCCAGCUAUAAUUUUGACAAGAAAACAAUCUGUAUUUAUCUAUUAUUCCAGUGCUUCAGAGCUGAAGGAAAAAUGGUGCUUCAGAGUACAUAUGGACAUGCAUAUCUCUAGACCUGGGUUCUCAUUCACCCUCAAACAGAGAAGCAGUUGAGCUUGACUUGAAAGUGUCUUAAUUUAGUUUUCAAUGGGCUUUGGGGACAAAAGUCUUGACAUUUGUCAUUAUUUUUCAAUAUUUACUUAAGAACACAUUUUGCUCUUUGGGGUUAGAAUGUGAAUCUGUAGGAGCUGGAUAUAAAUAUGCAUUAGUCUUUUCAUCCUGUUUUUUCAGGAGGUUGGAUUUAUUGUAGAAUGUGGCCAGUUUACCUUGGGCAAUGUAAAACCUUUGAUAUUAGGGACCCAAUUGCCUUUUGUCCUCCAGAUAAAUGAUUUAAUUUUUUGUAAUCAACAUAACAGCAAAUCCAGGAUUCUGAAAUUUUCAUUAGCACAAGCUCUUUAUUUGUCUUGUUUUUUUAUCGCAACAUUCUUAAAAUAUCAAAAGAUGUAAUUAAUUCCAUGAGCAAUGAGGACAUGGGCUGUACAAUUCCAAUAAACUUUUGAAAGUACAAAAAAACCAAAACUGCUCUGUUAUGCUUUGCAAUAGCUCUGGGUUUGCUACUUCCCCUUAUACUGAUUUGCUGAAUCAAGUUGGAUCAAAAAAGCCAUUUGGACGACCUUCAUUCAUGUAAAGUGUAAAUUGCCUCUGAAGCUGGAAUAGAGGCUAUGUUUGUUGGACAACCCCAAGUUCUCAGAUCCUUUUUUCUCUUCAUGUAUUGUAAGGGGUAUUGUUUUCAAUGUGAUGUUUCUUAUAUGCAAGCUUGUUCUCUUCUGAUUUAAAAUUCUGCUUGAACAAAUCCACUUGAGUGAAGAUGGCUUCCAAUUGCUAAUGCUUGCCCAGUCAAGAGACCCAAAUAUAAGAUAUAGCAAGCAUAUCUCUGUCCUCUCUUCAUAUAUUCUAGAACCUAUUCAGUCAAAUAUUAAUAUGCAUAAAUGGGAAGCUAGUCUUUGCCAAACAGCCAACGUCCUACAUACUUUAUUUCUAGAGAUGCCCCUGGACUUGAUCUGCAAAGCAAAUACUGACUACUGGGGUUUGGGAGGCAUGUGCCUGUCUGCCAAAAACAAACCUUGGGAACUUUUAAGACAUGUGCACUUCCAGCCCCAGAAUUCCCAAGCCAGCAUGGGGAAUUUUGGGAGUGGAAGUCCACACAUCUUAAAUUUGCCAAGGCUGGGAAACCCUAGUCUAGAAUAAAGCAUAUGCAUGUGUGUAUACAGCCACAGAGAGGAAGACUGCCAGGUUGUAGGGAGCAUGUAAGGGGGUAGAAGAAAGAGUGAGGAGUAACCUUACCAAUUUGCCUUCUAAUCAAUUAUAUCUUCAUCAUGGGAAUUAUUUUGUAUAUGGACAUACUUUCUCAAGAAUUUGAACUGGCAGCAGCUGUAAUAUAUUCUAAGAUGUUCAAAUCUGAUGCAGAAAAAUCAAACACUCCUGAACUUGUUUUUGAUGAAAGCACCAGAAAUUGAAGUGAGUAAACCAAGAAGUUACCUCAUUUCAUAUCUGUUCAGCCAAUGUCUCAUUUGAUAUUCUUUUGAGCAGUGGAAACUUAUUGACAACUUGGAAUGUAUUGAAAAUGAACUUAAUAACUGAACCACUGUUUUGCAUACAAAAAAUUUUCAGGUUUAAUAUCCUAGUAGGAUUGGUCAGUUCCUUUAUGUGAUAUCCUGGAGAGCAGCUGUCAGUUUGUAUGGGAAAUAUGACUCAGUUUGAUCACUGGGCUGACUCAGAGCUAUGUACCAAGCUUUGGUUUCGUGUGAUGUAAUAAGUAGCAUGCCAAAUGUAGAAAGAUAUACACAAAAGAUUGCAUUGGGGGAAACGGGUAGAAGGUUGGCUUUGUAAACCUUAUAAAUUUAUUUAGUUCAGUUCUUCUAAGAUUAGGAACUCUGUAUGCAUAUAAGAAGUGCUCACAAAUAAAAUAUAUUGCCGGAAUUACA